CUGACUGCCUUGGCUCUCUCCACUCUCCGCUCCUCCGGACACAGCGCCGAGUAAAAAUGCUGCUCUCUGUGCCGCCAAGGACAGGAAUCAACCCUUACAACAGCUACAACGGCAAAAACACCAAGAAGGUAAAUAACGACACCACCGGCCACUUCUAUCGCGUCUUUCUCAAACAGACAUAUGUGUCCCCGUCCAAUCAUCAGAUGGCUCCCCCAAGCCCCAACAGCAACACCACCACAAUUAGCAAUGGCAGCAGCAACAGCAGCAGCGGGGGAGAGCAGCUGAGCAAAACCAACCUUUAUAUCCGUGGCCUCCACCCAGGAACCACAGACCAGGAUCUGGUCAAACUCUGUCAGCCGUAUGGGAAAAUUGUGUCCACGAAGGCCAUCUUGGACAAGACUACCAACAAAUGCAAAGGCUAUGGCUUUGUUGACUUUGAUAGCCCGGCCUCUGCUCAGAAGGCAGUGACGGCACUGAAGGCAGGCGGAGUGCAGGCUCAGAUGGCCAAGCAACAGGAACAAGACCCCACCAACCUGUACAUCUCUAACUUGCCGCUGUCAAUGGACGAGCAGGAGCUGGAGAACAUGCUGAAGCCCUUCAGUCAGGCCAUUUCCACACGCAUCCUCCGUGACGCCAAUGGAACCAGUCGAGGAGUGGGCUUUGCCAGGAUGGAGUCGACAGAAAAAUGUGAGGCCAUCAUCCAGCAUUUCAAUGGGAAAUAUAUCAAGACUCCACCUGGAGUUCAAGCACCGUCAGAACCCUUGCUGUGUAAAUUUGCUGAUGGCGGCCAGAAGAAGCGCCAGAGCCAGGGGAAAUAUCUGCAGAACGGUCGGCCCUGGACAAGAGAUGGCGAGACUGGAGGGAUGACCCUCACCUAUGACCCAACCACAGCCUUACAGAAUGGGUUUUACUCCUCCCCCUAUAGCAUUACCCCCAAUCGGAUGAUUGGACCAACCUCCCUUUCCCCAUAUAUGCAUCCACCUGUGUCCACCUAUCAGGUACACAACCCAUCCUGGCUACAUCACCAGUCAUACAUAAUGCCUCCCACAGGAGCUGUCCUGACACCUGGGAUGGACCACACCAUGUCCAUCCAGCCAGCAUCAAUGAUGGGGCCUCUAACACAGCAGCUCAGCCACCUCUCUAUGGGCAGCAGUGGUACAUAUAUGCCUGCAAACACAUCUAUGCAGGGGACCUACAUACCCCAGUACACCCAAGUGCCUGCCACCAACAUCUCAGUUGAGGAAAGUGCCGUCCAACAACCUGUUGCCAUAGAGACACCAACAGAACAUGCAACCUACUCGUACCAGCAUAACAAGUAAAGAGAUCUUCAUCUGGGGCCCGACUGACUCUUGAGGGGUCCCACGAGCUGAGAUUCCCUGUGUGAAGAACUAGACACUCCAGGAACACAAACUGUUCCACACAAAGGACAAAAACAAAGAUAUUUUCUAUGAACUCCGAUUUUAAAACAAACUCUUUUACUUCAGACAAGCAAAGCUGGAGGACAGCAGACGGUGGGGAAAUGGAAGAAUGGAACAAUGAGCAUCUAUUUUGAUAACGGUCAAGAAAAGUUCAAAAAGCUGUUAAACGUGUCGUGUAUGACCAUUGAUCAUAUUCUUUUUUUCUCUCUCUUCAAAACACUACUCCGGGGAGCAAGGAUGAAACCAGGAAAAGAACAUUUCAGCACCAUGUUUUAGGUCAUGUUCUGCUUUUGUAAGAUAUGCAGUUUUUGUUUUUUUACAUUUUUCUC